AAACGUCGAAUGACAGAUAAAAGUGAAGAGGGAAAAAGUUGUAUUAUUCAAGUUAUACAAAUAAUCUUAUUAGAAUGCGAUUAAAGGCUCGAAUCACUUUUUAUCGAGCAUUUUUUCCGUUGCUGAUAUAAAAUGGCGGCUAAGUAAUUGGAAACAUUUAUUAUCUCCAACGAAUUUUUUUUUAUUUUUCUCAACUUUACACUGAAAAGAAAGAAGGGAAGAGAGGAAGACAGAGAGAGAGAGAGAAAUAUCCAUUUCCCUAUCUUUCAAAGAACCGUUGUUUGGAUUCCACGAAGAAAAAAAAAAUGUCAAAUUAACGAGAUGAAAUCUCAUCGUAUUAGAAAUCGUUGGAAAAGGUAUCGAAUAGUAUUUUUAGGUAAAUAUUUCAAUUACGAUAAUGAAUAUUUUACUGAAGUCUAGAGAUGAUUAAGCAGGACGUGGGUAUCAGCGCGACUUCCUUGACGGGCGAUAUCGUCGGCGCACGUGCUGCUCUUCUCGCCGAUUUUCUCUUAGUCGCCGAGAGAUACUCGCCAACGAGCCCGGUGUUCUCGAGAUGCGGAUCCGUUGCCGCGAAAUUGCUCCUCGUUUCCGCAUAACGAUGAAAUAAAUAAGGGGGAAAAAUUGGAAGGAGAUCGACGAGGAAUUCUCAGUGUCGAGGAUAAAAAGGAGAAGGUCCUUCUUCGUUCGAGAUACGCGAAAGAAGAAGAAAUCGUUUUCGAAAGAUUUCGAGGUUUCGUGAUUGAAGGAAAAAAAUGUGAAAAUUUUCUCCAUCCCUGUGAACAUUUUAUGGAAAAUAUGAAAGAUUUUUUUCAAAAAGAAAGAUACGUAUCCGUUCAAACAAUGAGAUUUUAAGAGGAUAAAUAAGGAACAUUUGACAAAAGAGAUUCCUUUUGAAAAAAGAAAGAGGAAAAGGAAGGUUUCGAGAAAUCUUGAAGAAUUUCGAAGAAGCAACUACAUUUUCCGAGGAGUUGUGAUAUGCCUGAAAAAGUGAGUAACUCUGGAGAACAACUGGAAGACCCAUGAUGGGGAGGAAGUGACUCAUAGGAAUGAUAUUUCGAGACCGUUUAACAUAAUUCAAUGAAAAUCGUAUUGUUGUAGAUCGGUGCAUCGAAAAAGGAUAAUAAUCUCUUUCCAGAAAGAAACUUCUGUGCAGCUCGGCAAACCGCAAUCUUCCGCGGCUCUGUAAUCGUGUAAUUAACUUGGUAGCUUGUAUCAGUAGCUAUUUUUCGUAUUUAAAGAAAGAAAGGAAGGAAAAACAGUAUUCUAAAGGUAUAUACAUCGAUCUUGCCUCUGCUAGAAAAUUAUAGAGAUCGAAAAAAAAAAAGAAACAAAAGAAGAAGAAAUCUUACAAAAUUGCAAAGAAAAAAUUUUUCAAGUCUCGAAGAAAUGAAAAGGUUUGAGUUCGGAGAAUAAAAACGGAGGAAACUUACUCUUUUCUUCCUACGAGAAAGAAUUCGAGGGGGACAGAAAUUUCUUGGAGAUCGGUCGAUCGAGACGAAAUCGGUCGAUAAAUCAACGUCGAUUUGAUAGCUGCGCGGGCAUCGAUCACGGGAUCCUUUGACAUUAAUUUAUUAACGGGAGGAAAUAUAAUAUCGCGAAUGAUCGGCGGCUUGGACCGUCGUUCCAGGCGGAAAACCGGUGAAAAGGAGGAAGGGAGGAAGGACGACCAUCCCGUUGACCAGUUUCCGGCAACGCAGCAGAGGUGAGUGUCCGAGUUCGACGAUUUUGCGAAUUUUAAAUAACCGUGAUUAUUUUUUAAGAAUAUUUUCCACUAGCUUCGAUCAUCUCUAUUCGUCCAAGCCAUUUUACAAGCAUUUAUCUCCGAAUCGGAAACUUAUUUACUUAGAAAAUUUGAUAUUAUCGAGCGGAUACGUAAAUUUGCUUUGUUUUUCGCGCCAACAAUUUCCAACGAGUCGAUCGCUAAUUCUUCUUCAACGAAUAGAAAAACGGGGGGGAAAAAUUGCAUUUAUGGAGGUGCAAAUUUUAAGAAGGGGAGAAGAAAAAUCCUGCAAAUCGACGAGGUAAAAGAGAAGAGAGAUACGGGUGAAUUGGUCCUCCAUCUGGUGAAAUCGACGGUGUCAUCUGGAGAGGGGGAGACAGUUUCGGGACGAAACGCAGUCAUCGGUUGGAAGUUGAGGAGUGCCUGGCAAAAGCUCCACCACGGCGUCGCGUUAUUUACGGCGUGUUGUCACCCAUCGGGCCAUCUGUAAUGGCUGUUUUAUGCCCCAUUAAGAUUAUAGCUGGUGCAUCCCGCGGUUGCACACCGGAGAUUAAAUCCCCGUCCAAUUGAUUUAUAUCCGAAAUAUUCGGCCGUGUGUGCGCGUGUUACGAGCACAUGCUUUUAAUUUUAUUUAUCGUCGUUGCAUCGAUUUGUCAUUUAAUAACGCGAUAUCGAUCAAUAUCCCUCCUCCCCGUGUGUUGUUUAAUUAAGCUCAGUUUCUGUGAACAACUCGAAUCUUUACUCGAGCCGAUCAAUUCUUUUGUCGAGUUUGCAAUAUAAAUUAUUUAGACGAGGAUGCGAGGUUGGGUUGGAAAUUAUCGGGUAAAAACCACUUCGCCGUUUCUUUUUUGGAAGAUGUGAUGGUUUUAACGAAUGAGAUUGAUAAUUUUUCUUUUCCAUUUCUCUUUUCCUCUCUCGAUAUUAAUUUCUAUUCGCGUCAUCUCGAACGUUUCGCUGCAAUGACGUUGAUAUAUUAUAUCUCGCGUUUAAAAUUAGAUCACGGACACUUGGACAAAUUAAACGGAUGACUUUUCAGUCCACCAAAUUUCACUUCGAAAUAAAAUGAAAGAAAAAUUCGAAGAGGGAAAAAAAUCACGCUCGACUUCGCUCGAAAGUCGAUUUUAAUCUACUCGAACGAACAUCGGAGGAUAGCUCCGAGAUCGAUUGAGAGAGGGUUGAAAGAAAUUAGGACGAUAAAAUUUCUGCACGAUUUUCAAAAAUUUCAAGGAACAAAUCUCGAGUCGAGAAUUGAGCCAAAAAUACUCGAAAAUUGAACAAAAAAAAAUGAAAAAAAUAGAAAAUCGGGUCGAGAGUCGAACGAUGAUCCUCCAACGAGUCGAAUCGAGUGGAGGAUUUUUUAUUGCAAACGCGAUUAAUGAAUCUCGAGGAUGGAUUUUCCAUAUUUUUUUCGAUUAAACGCGACAAAUCGUGCGCGAUGACGCUUGGAGAGAGAGAAUCCACAAUUAGAUAAACCGAUAUCUCCCGUUCCAAUGGAAAAAACAAUGUAGAAAUAAUCGAUGAUCGAUUUUCUCCUAUUAUUAAUUCUCGCUGCGUGACUUGGAUUAAGAAAUUUUUAAUCAAUAACGAGGAUUUUAAAAAGGAUCUUCGAAAUUUAAGAAUGAAUAACUCUCGUCCAUCGAAAUCUUUUUUGUAUUUUCCUAAUUUUGAACGAGACCAAAAUUUGUAGCAUUCGAAAAGUUAAAACACGCUACAUAUCUAAAAAUGAAAAUUUCGAAUUUAAAAUUUAAAGAAUCGAAUGGAAAUUUUUUUUUUCACUAUUACACAGGAAGAGGAUACGUCAAUUUAUAAUUAAUAAGGGGAAAAGAUACGUUAACUACACAAAAUAGGGAGAUGUAUAAAUGUUCUGCGGAGAUACGGUCAGCGGAUGUCAUCUUAAGAUACGGAGGAGGAAAAAGGGAGGACGAGGAGGCAAUUGGAAAUGACCAAGGUCAGAUUGUUGAAUAAAAUAAUAAAUAGUUGCACGAUUAUAUCGCUUCGUUUCAUUUAAAAAAAAAAAAAAAAAGGAAAAUAAUAAUAAAACCCUCCUCGACCGAAUCCCAAAUUUAAUAUCACGUUCUUUUUCACCCUAUUUUUCUUCUCUGCGGACGAAAAUUGCUCCUUCGAGGAGCGAAGGAAUCAAAAAAGAUGAAGAAAGAAAAAUUCCAACGAUCUCGUCGUUUCCUCUCACUUUUCCAAUGAGUCACAAACAGAAGAAACCGCUCCCCAGAAAUAGAUUUCCCCGGAAAAACGUUUCCAAAAACGUAAGACACUUUAUAUUUUUUUAAUCCUCUCCGUUGGCUAAUCGAGGGGAUAAAAGAAAUCGAUGUAUCGAUGUCGACGACCGGUCGUCUGUUUUUCAUAACGAUAUCUCUCCAUUGCCACCGUCGUACCACUCGCGAGGAAACAUUAUCCAAUUCGAUCGUUCGUAGAGAUAUUUCAUAAUCUCUCUCUCUCUCUCUCUCUUUUUUCAUUUACGGUUAUAAAGUAAACAAUAUUAAUUGGCAGAAAAUAUAUGGAAAUCAGAAUAUAUAAAUUUGAACGAAAGAUUAUCAAGGUCGAGGACUUGCGCUGCACUUCCCUCGGUCAUUGAAUUUAAAUACUUGACAUUUGAAUUGAAUAAUAUAACAUGGAAAAUACGAGCAUUGUAUCUAAGGUCAAGCUCGACACCUCGAUAAAACGUAGUACGCGAUUCAGUUGUUGGCGCCGGCUCACUUCGUUUAAUUUAUCAUCGGAUUCCCUCUUCUUUUUUCUUCGCUCUAGGUCAAAGUCACGGCAAUUAUAAUGCAACGUUCCCUCAUUGAUACAUUGUUCGGAAAUAUACUAUUAUCUGCUCGAACUUCUUCUAGUCUUUUCUUUUUUUUUUUCCUCGACCAUUUCAUCGAUUUAUUUUCGACGAUAAACGCAUUUUGUACUUGUUCUUUCUCCUCUCGUCGUUUCGUGAACGAUCGCUAUUGAAUAAGGCAAAAUAAGGCAAAGGAUAAAUUUUGUUUCUCGCCGUUUUCCAAGCUUCUUUUUCUAUUGAUUUUCGACGAAUUAUGAGAUAUAUAUAUAUAUUUUUAUAUUAAAAUACUACGCUGCAGGGACAAGAAAGGAGAUUGAAUUUAAAAUUUGCUUCUCUUAAAAAAAUAAAAAAAGAAAUAAACACGAGUCGAAUUAUUAAGAGAUCACGCGAAUAUGAUUAAAUGAAAAUGGAAAGUGAAUCAUCGUUUCAAACGCGGGUAUAAAAACACGCUACUACACGGCCAUUUCAUUGCCAUCAUCCCAGAUUAACGUCAGACGGGCAAAAAAUUGAAACGGCUAAACGAAUAUCCUUCUCUAAAGAUCUUCGAUUGAUUUAUAAAAAUGAUAAACCCGUUGAAGCUUCUACACAACAAUGUAGUCGGAAUAAAUGAAACAGUGAGUGUAUUGAUCCUCGUCAGACAUCAAAACUGAUUAAUAACGAGAAAAGUAAACGAACAAAAUUUCCAACGUUUCGUUUAAUUUCUAAAUUUCAUAGUUUGGGUCUAUUGAAAAGUAUAUUAAAAAUCGCAUACCUAAACGAUUCAUAAAGGUUACGAUAAAAUUUUCGUACCACUUUCUCACGUAAAAAUCGAAGAAUCAUAAUUGUUAUUCCUCACAAAGGAAGAGAAAAAUCUCCGGAAUUUCAAAUUUGGAGAUUUCAUCAAAUUCAAAUCCUUAUUAAAGUCGCAAACCAUCAUCGUGUCGUCGUCAUGCUCGCGGAAAGAAACAAAGAGAAAUGAAGAGAAAGAAAAAAAUUCCUUCGAAUUCAAAUCCUUAUCAAAAUCCCAAAUCAAAAGGAUUCCUAAAGGAAUCGUGUCGUCAUUAUUCACGUACUCAAAAAUUAAAAAAAAAAAAAAAAAAUUUCCAGAAUUUCAAGUUCCUUCGAAUUCAAAUCCUUAUUAUUGUCGUCAUUAUUCACGUACUCAAAAAUUAAAAAAAAAAAAAAAAAAGAAAAUUUCCAAAAUUUCAAGUUCCUUCGAAUUCAAAUCUUCAUUAAAUUGGAAAUCAAAAGGAUUCCUAGAACAAGAACCAUCAGCGUGUCGUCAUAAUUGCUCAAAAAUUAAAAAAAAAAGAAAAAGAAAAAGAAAAAGAAAGGAAAUUUCCAGAAUUUCAAGUUCCUUCGAAUUCCAAUCGCAAGUCAAAAGGAUUCCUAAAAGGGCCAUCACCGUGUCAUCAACUGCCCAAAAAUUAAAAGAAAAACAAAGCUUUCGCAGAAUCGGGACCCUUUCCAAAUGUAUUAUUUUCCAAAAAAUUUCAUAUUUCCACACCGUCAGACGAAAGAAAAGCUUAAAGAAAAGAAGAAGAAAGCUCGAUCCGCAAUCGCAACAUCGUCGUCGUCGCCACGUGGCCGUUUCCCUUCUCCCGCGGAUCUCGGGGGUUCACCCUGCCGAUCUCUCGAGGCGGGGAGCGAGUCGCUGGUGGCCGAUUAUCGGGGGUGGCUGGUGUCGUAAAUAACAACUGCGAACAACCGUGCGCCGGCCAGCCAAUUUGGCCGUCGUGGCCGUCCCGUUUGGCGCGUCUGCCGGUGUUCUGGGACCCGUGGCUCCCUUGGGAGGAGCGACGGCGAUGGGACCGGGUGGCACAGCCUUCGAUUAUCUCGUGUGACGACAAGCCAACACACACGGGAUGGCCGCACUCUCUUUCUCGCCUCGCCUCGGGAUCGAGGGAAUAGGCCAGUUGGAGACCGCGGCCGCGAACGAGAGGGUGAGUCGCUCGAUCUUGAACCCCUUUCGAUUUCUCCACGAUCCGGCGGAUACCUCGUCUCUUCUCCUCUCUCGUCGACCGCUUUUGUUAUUAUUGCAAUAAUAAUAAUAAUAAUGAUGAUGAUAGGCUGAUAACAGAGGGGAGGGAAAAGUUUUGGAAAAUUCUGAAGAAUUUUUAUUAGUAACCGGUUGCUAAGGAAGGAGAAAGAAAGAUCGGAGAAAGAUCGGAGGGAAGGAGGAGAAUUCGAUGGAUACGAAGGGAGAUUCUCUUCUUACGAAGACGAGAUUGAUGUUGUUCUGAAGAUUUUUUCCUCUUUUUUUUUUUUGUUUUUGUAUAGAAGAUUAUUGAAGAAUAUUCGUAUAUAUAAAUUGUUAGAAAUUAUUAGAGGAGAGCGUGGUAACGUCGAUAUUCACCGUAGUUGUUGUACGGUAACCUUGUAACAGUGGCAAUCGGAAGUGAUAGUGCGCGAGAGGAAAUCAAGAGAGUGAUUAAUGGUGGAAUAAUUGCAUGUAAAGCAUAAUAAUAAAAGAAGUAAGGGACGUAAAAACAAAAAGUUCGUCGUUUUAUUAAAUAUAUAUAUAUAUAUAUAUAUAUAUAAAAUUGGUUGGGAUAAUAGAUUACGGCAUAGAAUAAAAUUGGCAAGAUGAUAGAAGAAGCUGCGAUGUUCGAUAUGACGGACGAAUUGCUGUUCUCCGCGUUGGGCCUGUCCAUGGACACGGGCGUCGAGAGGCAAUUGCUCUCCUCCAAUCCCGUCACGUACGCGCUCGAGUGCGAGGGCUCGUCCUCUUGCAGAACGACGCCGCACAGCGACGACUCGGAGAUCGGCGAUCCCCACGCGGCAAGCAUCGGGAACCCGAUCGGUUGCUACACGGAUCUCAGUUGGCCGGCCAAGGGGCAAUCGUCUUGGAACGAGUGGUCCGACAACAAUUCGACAUCCUUGUCAGGCAACGGAUGUCUGAGCGAGCUGAGCGAGCUGAGCGAGUUGGACUCGGAGCUGGAAUGGUGUUUGGACAAAGGUUGGAACUCGGGGCUUCCGGAGAGGACGCCGUUGUGCACGGCGGGUUGCGAGGGUUUCCUACACCUGCCUUUGCCCGGCCCCCAACAACAAACGUUUCAACAGGAAGAGGAGCCGUUAUGGGUGCUCGGGAUCGACCUGAGGGCGCUCGACGACACGUUGGAGACGAGAGAUUACAACAACAAUCGUGUGGAAGGAGAUAUCUCGUCUGCGGCUGCAGCGGCAUUGGCGACGCACGAUUACACUAAUCGCAGUUUGGCGAGCGCGGCGGAAGAUCGAUGCUUUCCUUGUACUUAUCAAGGAUGCGUGAAGGUUUACGCAAAAGCGUCCCACCUCAAGGCUCAUUUACGUCGACACACCGGCGAGAAACCGUUCGCGUGCACGUGGUCUGGAUGCGGAUGGCGCUUUAGUCGAUCCGACGAAUUGGCAAGGCAUCGUCGAUCUCACUCUGGCGUGAAACCUUAUCCCUGCGAAAUGUGCUCGAAAAGGUUCGCGCGCAGCGAUCAUCUGGCCAAACAUCGCAAAGUGCAUAGGAAAAACGCGUAUUCGCUAUUUCACGGAGGUAGAGGUCUGCGUGGAGGGAAGAUGAAUUCAAUUCUACCAGCGGAGAUUUAGUCAAUUUUUUUUCUCCUAAUCGACAAGGAUCGAAACGAUGAGGGGAGGAACGGAAGAAAACUUUCCUUCCAGAUUUUUCGAAUCAGCAACCUCGUUAUUUUCUUACGAUGAUAUUUAAUCGCGAAGAGAAAUUGUACUUCGUUCUUGACGCGUAAACGAUCGAUGGAAAAUAAUUUCCAUGUAGAAAUUUUACACGUAAAUAUAUUUUUUUAAUGAUUGAUUUGAAGACGAGACAUUUACCUAAUUAAUAUAAUGAUAAUAUUAAUAUCGACAAAAGAGAUCGAAUAAGAUUACUUGUGUAAUCUUUCGUCUAGAAUGUUGAACUGAAUUAAGUGACAAACUUUAUAAAGUGACAAUAAAUAUUGUAAAAAUACAAUAAA